AUGGCACCUACAAAGCAGGAACUCUCCCUGCUAAUCAACCCUCUCGUCCCAGAAGCAGUCCAGCACAAUAACCGGGUCCUCUCCUCCCUCCACAGCCUAACGGCCUUCCUCCUAGGCCUCAGUGCCGGAAUCCUCGCCCUUCAAUCAACAGCCGGCUUCACAUUCUAUUUCCUCGGCACAGUCCUCGUCUCAGGAUUUUUCCAUAUAGUCCUCCUUCGGCGCUCAGGUGGUGCAGGCGCAGGAGCUUUCUUUCCAGGAAGUAAUGGGGAGAUUCAGGGAUCUAUCGAAAUGGAUAAGAAGGGUGUUGUGAAGAUGGAUCUUGCUGGUGGAUCUGGAGCUGGUGCGAAGAAGAGAGGAUAUGUGCUUAGGAGUGGGGCUUGGAGAGAUCUUUGGUUUGGGGGUGGUGUGCUUUCUGAGGCUUUGAGUGGGUUUGUACUUGGGUGGGCUGGUGUUGGGGGUGUGUUGAGGUGA